UUUUUUUUACAUUGAUUUUUUAUUUUCUGUUGGGGGUCGUGUAGUUGACGGGAAUGGCAUGGGAGUGGAUGGUGUAAAAAUUGUAGUAGAUGGUCAUGAAAGGUCUAUCACUGACAAAGACGGAUAUUACAAGCUCGACCAGGUUACCUCCAGUUGCUAUUUGAUAGAAGCGAAGAAGGAGCAUUACACAUUUGACAAACUCAAGGACUUUUUGGUGUUGCCAAACAUGGCUUCAGUUGUGGAUAUUAAAGCAGUCUCGUAUGAUGUCUGUGGCAUUGUUCAGAUGAUUAGUUCUGGUUACAUGGCAAAGGUAGCCUUGACUCAUGGACCAGAGAAUGUUAAGCCUCGAGUUAAACCGACUGAUGAGAGUGGUAGUUUCUGCUUUGAGGUUCCAUCUGGUGAAUAUCGUUUGUCUGCUUUAGCAGCCAACCCUGAGAGUUCUCCCGGACUUCUGUUUUUGCCAACUCAUGUUGAUGUUGUGGUUAACAGUCCAGUACUGAAUGUUGAAUUUUAUCAGGCACAAGUGAAUGUUCUUGGGGAAGUAGCUUGCAAGGAGAAAUGUGGCUCAUCGGUUUCUGUCACAUUUGUAAGGUUGGACGGCAAAAGUAAAGAGGAGAGGAAGACAGUUUAUUUGACUGAUGAGAGUAGUGAGUUUUUGUUUCCCAAUGUUUUCCCUGGGAAAUACAAGCUUGAGGUGAAGCACACUUCUCCUGGAGAGAUGUCAGGAGAAGACCAGUGGUGCUGGGAGCAGAGCUCUAUCACUGUGGAAGUCGGCACAGAGGAUGUAAAAGGGAUUGCCUUUGUGCAGAAAGGUUAUUGGGCCAAUGUUAUUUCUACCCAUGAUGUAGAUGCCUACAUGACUCAACCUGAUGGUUCCUAUGUGAAUUUGAGAAUUAAGAAAGGUUCCCAGCAGCUAUGUGUAGAAUCUUCUGGAGUGCAUGAACUUCAGUUUGUUAACUCAUGUAUUUUCUUUGGAAGCUCAUCUAUGAAAAUUGAUACAUCAAAUCUAUCACCUAUCUAUCUAAAAGGAGAGAAAUACCUCCUUGGAGGACAAAUCCAUGUUGAUUCAAGCUCACUCGAUGGUGUUUAUGAAUUACCUGAGAACAUACUGGUUGACUUAGUAAAUAAUGAGGGUCCUCUUCUGGAUGGUACUGUUGCCAGACUUGUUGGUAGUGGAAAUGAUCAAUCAGGUUUUGUCGUAUAUGAGUAUUCAGUGUGGGCUAAUCCUGGAGAAAAACUUACUUUUGCUCCUCAGGACUCACGGUACAUAUAUUGUAGUAGUCUUACUUGAUAACUUAGUUAUUCU